AGCGAGGCCAGGCAGGGGAGGGGUGUGUCAUAACGGGGAGUGUCCCGGGGGCCCGAAAAGCAUAAACAGCGGCUCUGCUCUCCGCCACUCCACCGACUCGACGCCUCUCUGCUCCCACUGCAGCUUGAAGCGCUCACCGCGGCUCAGUCAGGUCCACAGCAGUCCAUCCGUCCGUCCGUACACCGAUCACAACCUACGCGUUCAGGCAGGAUGGCAGCGCAACACCCAGAGUUCGAGCGGGCCGGACAGCAGCCAGGCCUCCAGGUGUGGAGGGUGGAGAACUUUGACCUGGUGCCCGUUCCCGAGAAACUGUACGGGGGAUUUUACACCGGCGACGCCUACCUCAUCCUCAACACCAUCAAACAGCGCUCCGGGAACCUGCAGUAUGACCUCCACUUCUGGUUGGGUGAUCACUGCACCCAGGAUGAGAGCGGCUCAGCGGCCAUCUUUACAGUCCAAAUGGACGACUUUCUGGGGGGGAAACCCAUCCAGUACCGCGAGGUCCAGGGACACGAGUCCAAACCUUUCCUUGGCUACUUCAAGUCUGGAAUCAAAUACAUGAAAGGAGGCGUGGCAUCUGGGUUCAAGCACGUUGUCACUAACGAGGUAGUUGUGCAGCGGGUGCUCCAGGUCAAAGGUCGCCGAUCUGUCAGGGCAACAGAGGUGGGAGUCAGCUGGGACAGCUUCAACCAGGGAGACUGCUUCAUCCUGGACCUGGGAGACGAGAUUUACCAGUGGUGUGGCUCCCAGAGCAACCGCUUUGAGAAGCUGAAGGCUACUCAGGUCGCCAAGGGUAUCCGUGACAACGAGCGCAGUGGGAGGGCCCGAGUUUAUGUCUGUGACGAGGGAGUGGAGAGAGAGAAGAUGUUGGAGGUGUUGGGUCCUAAACCAGAUCUGCCUCCCGGUGGGUCUGAUGAUCUCCAAGCUGAUGCUGCAAACAGGAAGAGGGCCAAACUCUACAAGGUGUCCAAUUCCAGUGGAGACAUGGCCAUUGCGCUGGUGGCAGCAGAGAACCCGUUCGCCCAGAGCGCCUUGGAGUCCGGCGACUGCUUCAUUCUGGACCACGGGUCCGAUGGCAAGAUCUUUGUCUGGAAAGGCAAAGACGCCAACAUGGACGAGCGCAAGGCAUCGAUGAAAGCUGCAGACGAGUUCAUCAAGAAGAUGGGUUACCCCAAACAAACUCAGGUCCAGAUUCUGCCAGAGAUGGGCGAGACGCCUCUCUUCAAACAGUUCUUCAAAAACUGGCGGGACAAAGACCAGACAGAGGGCCUGGGCGUGGCUUACAUCUCUAACAGCAUCGCCAAGAUCGAGAAGGUGGAAUUCGAUGCCGCCACCUUGCACGAAUCAGCUGCCAUGGCCGCCCAGCACAACAUGGUGGAUGACGGCAGCGGAGAGAAACAGAUCUGGCGUAUUGAGGGGCCUGACAAGGUACCAGUGGAUCCUUCCACAUAUGGACAGUUCUUUGGAGGAGACAGCUACAUCAUCCUUUACAACUACAGUCACGGUGGACGGCAGGGACACAUUAUCUACAUGUGGCAGGGCAUGGAUUCCAGUCAGGAUGAAAUCGGGGCCUCUGCGAUCCUUGGCGCCCAGCUGGACGAAGAGCUUGGCGGUGGUCCUGUGCAGGUUGUUGGUGCUCCUAUAACCACUCAGGUGAGGGUGAUACAGGGAAAAGAGCCGGCCCAUCUGAUGAGCCUGUUCGGAGGACAGCCCAUGGUGGUGUACAAGGGAGGAACGUCCAGAGAAGGAGGUCAGUCAGCUCCUGCUGAGACUCGACUCUUCCAGGUGCGCUCCAACUCCGCAGGGCACACCAGAGCUGUGGAGGUUGACCCAGUGUCAUCCAACCUGAACUCCAAUGAUGUUUUCAUCCUGGUGACCCCCGGAGGCUGCUUCCAGUGGGUCGGUGUGGGCGCCAGUGACACAGAGAAACAGGGAGCUCAGCAGCUGUGUGACAUCCUGGGAGUGUCGGCCUCUGAGCUGUCUGAGGGAGGAGAGACUGAUCAGUUCUGGGAGGCUCUGGGAGGAAAGACAGAAUAUCGCACUUCUACCAGACUCAAGGACAAGAUGGAUGCUCAUCCACCCAGACUCUUCGCCUGCUCCAAUAAGACUGGAAACUUCAUCAUUGAGGAGGUACCCGGGGAGAUAACCCAAGAUGAUCUCGCCACCGAUGAUGUCAUGAUCCUCGACACCUGGGAGCAGGUGUUUGUCUGGAUCGGAAAUGAGGCCCAAGAGGAAGAGAAGACUGAAGCAAUGACGUCUGCUGUCCGUUACAUCGAGACUGAUCCGGCCAACAGAGACCGCAGGACACCCAUCGUCAAGAUCAAGCAGUGCUUCGAGCCGCCCACUUUCACCGGCUGGUUCCUGGGCUGGGACCACGACUACUGGACCACCGACCCCCUGGAGCGCGCUAUGGCUGAACUGGCCCUGUGAGAUCUCCCCUGACCCUCCCUCCAUCACUAUCAGCCCUGACCUUUGACCCCUCUCCCUGCUCCACUGCAAGCACUGAGCUCCAAUCAGAAGACUUUUUUUUAUCUGCCAAAAUGCCCUGAAAAUGAGUGGUUUGUUUUUUUUAUAUUUGUUGUGAUUUGAAGGGAUACAGGUCCAUGAAGCAGUUUUAAUUCACUUUGUCUCACAUGCUGCAGUGAUGCCUUUAUAGCUAUUAUGAAACCAACAAUAGAGCUUUAGAUACACAGGCUUCCUGUAGGGUUUUGCACUAAAUACAGUUUCCUACAAUGACUUUUACUGUAGCCAGUUUUUCUCAUUUAUUUUAUAUGUUGACAGUAAAACCUGUUCACUAGUGAAAUGUAAUGAAAACAGUCUCGGUGUCCUCCAACAUUAAAACACCCACUGCCAAGAAAACACCUCUUAUGAAAAGCAAUACAACAGACACCUUAAUAUUCUUUCCUUUAGUUUACAGUGUGCCUGCUUUUAAACAAAACCUUUAUAAGUAAGUUCUAGGUGCCUUGAGUUUAGAUGCCUCUUUGUAUUUAUUUUUGAAGAAAAAGCCACACAUUCAUGCCCAGGAAGCUUAUGUGAUGCUGCAGUGGCCAACUUUAAAUGGGAAACCGCCGCUUUGCUGCUUUACAAACCUAUUCUGACUUCUGUGACACUUUCUGAGGUUUCCCCAAGCCUUGUUAUCAUUUCAAUAAAACCAAAUGAAACAA